UUCAUGAGCAGGAAUGUUCACCGUGCACGAAGCUCAAAAGUUCAUUUUGUUCGGCGAAAUUGUCUAUUUUUGAAGUUGGUUUGAGCAUGAAUACAUUCGAUGACCGUGCGUAGAAUUGUGCUCUUUUUGCCAGCAAUAAUUUCAUAUCCUGUCUUGUUCCUCUUUCCACAAUCAUCAUCGUAACAACCACUCUUGAACGCAUUUAUUCACAAUCAUGUUUCGUGCAACCGUUGUUCGUCGAUUUGAAGCUGUUGCCCCACGCUUUCAACCACAAAGCAAAGCUGUACAACAAGCAAUGCGUCCUACAAAUUCAGCUCAAUCGAGUGAAUCCAGUACAUCAGUCACGCAUAAUGGCGGUGCGAUCAACAAUCCAACCUCAAAAGGUCGUGUUGCCAUGAUGCCAGGCACAACAGCAAAUAUUGAACGUACACAAAAACAAAAGACACAACAAACCAACGUCAACAACAAUGAAUUCGAAAGUAUCUUGACUGUUGGCACUGUUAGUGGUCAAGGUGAAGGUCAAAAGAUCUUUCAAACUGCACAAGCUGAAAUUUGAUCAA